AUGUCCAAGCCUCUGUCCAAGGAGGAGCUGCUGGCCCAGUUCGACGAUCUCGACGGCGACGACCUGCCCUCGGCCCCGCCGCCCCAGCCUGCUGCCCCAAGCGCAGACACCAAGGACGAUGACGACCCCGUCGCUGAGCUCGCCGCUCUAGCUGCCGCGAAGCCCCCCAGCAGAGCCGCCACCCCCAAGCUCUCCUCCUCAUCCAAUGCCAGCAACCGCUCCCCGCGCGUCACCGGCCAGGUCACACCUUCCUCCACUGGCUCCGCCCGCAACAGCGAGGACAAGGGCACCGCCGCCGAGCUCUCCAGGAAGUCGCAGGACGGCACGCGCUCGUACCACCAGGGCGUCACCCCGAGCGAGGAGCAGCCCCAGGAGCAGAAGCAGUCUGGCGGCGGCGGCGGCUGGUGGGGGAGCAUCAUCAGCACCGCUUCCGCAGCUGCAAAGCAGGCCGAGUCCGCCCUCAAGGAGAUUCAGAAGAACGAGGAGGCCCAGAAGUGGGCCGACCAGGUCAAGGGCAAUGUUGGUCUUUUGCGCUCUUAUGGCGACGAACUCCGCUCGCGCGCCGUCCCUACUUUCACACAGCUUCUCCACACGUUAGCGCCUCCCAUCUCCCAGCACGAGCGCCUCCUGAUCCAUAUCACCCAUGACCUGCACAACUACCCGGCACUCGAUCCCAUCAUCUACGCCACCUUCUCGCGUGUCAUGUCGCAAGUUGAAGGCGGCGAUCUCAUGGUGAUCCAGAAGGGCUCUGAAGCCCGACAGGGCCCUGACUCUGGUUUCACUGGUGGUAGCACAGCUGGUUGGACCGACGGACCCUGGUGGCGUGACAUCGGCGUCAAGCGUGACCUCGGCGCCGUCAAGGGUCUCGUCGAGGGAACUAAGCUUGCGCGCGUCAGCGCCGAGAGCUAUGCUUCCGACUUCUUUGCUAGCAAGGGCGGCGUCGAGGAAGCUGCAAAGGCAGCCAGUGAGGUCCUUUCCGAAUCAAACCCCGUGAGGAGCUCCGACAUAUUCCUCUCAAUCCAAGCAAUCAGCCACAGUGCCCCCGCCGAUCUCUUUGGAGGCUCAACCAACGAGCAGAAAGCGGAGACGGGCGGCGUCGAGGAGCCGGCCGAGGCGGACGAUCUCAUCACAUUUGCAUUCUACCUGCACGACCCCAUCCACAGCAUCACAUUUCACAGCUUGUCCCAGAGCUUCCCGCAGAAAUGGGCGGACUGGUUGGACGCGUCGCCCGCCCCGGCGUCGGAGGAUAGCACGGACCCAGUGGCGACGCUGCCAGUGGAGAUCAAGGAGAUCAUCGAGAGCGGCGGAGUGGACCCGCGUGAGUGGGUCGCUGAGUGGAUGGAAGAGGUGAUCCAACUAGCUGUUGGAGUUGUUGCUCAGCGAUACGUAGCGAGGAGAAUGGGCGUCGGCGAGGGCGGAAUUGGAAGAGGCAAGGCCCGCCAGAGAGCGGAGGAGAGCGGCGGCGGAGAAGCAGCACGGGCUAUUUAA